AUGUGCCAUCCCCGACGAUUGAUACUACUCCUUCUAUCACUUGUCUCUCGGAAUAAAAGUAGGGUUGUUGGAUAUCAGUCUAGUUUCCACUCAAUAAGGUCAAUCAAACCACGGAUAUCAAGGAGAACGUCAAGAUUCUUGCAUGACACCAGACCAAAUGAGAUCGCGUCGUCUGCAUUCCCUUUGCUCGCCACUGAUCCUUUCAUCGAGUCAGAUACCUCCAAUGAUAAGCAGCUUUCGGCUGAUUCCAUCUUUUUCGACAUUGAAAUUCAAGGAACUCCCGUUGGUCGGUUGAUCUUUCACCUGACGAAUCCAUCUCCACUGCCACUUCACGCCGAAAACGUUAUUCAGCUUGCCAAAGGAUCACGCCGUGGAAUAGACCCAAAUGCGCACUACGAAGGCUGUGAGUUUGACUACAGCCCUGCAACGAUUGAAGAUGGCAUGGGGCGGUAUCGAUGGGGCCAUUCGUUGCGAGGGCGCGGACGGAAUGCGAUUGGAAGAGCAGAUCAAGCUAUCGUCGAUAGAGAGAACCAGCUUCAGGCCACACAUUCUUGCUUUGGCGGUCCAUAUUAUCGAGUCGAGUACACCCUGCCCGAUGAAGAGACGGAUCCAGGAGUAUUCUUGACCGUUCCCGUACUUGGUCCAGGCCAUGGAAGCAGCAAGUUUUCGAUUGUCAGAGUUGGUGAAUCUCCAAAGGAGUGGCAAGAACGAUUGCUCAUCAACAGUGGUGUAAUAGGUAAGCUCGAUCCUUCUUGUAUAGAGGUUUUAUAUACGAUGGCAAGGCAGAGAAUAGGACCACCAAAGGUGUCUAAAGCAGGCGCUAUGGAAUCGGGAGAAGAAUUGGAUAUCGACUAG